AUGGGCCGUAGGGUGUCCACAACGAGGAUUGAAUGUCCAGACGAGCAGUCACCGCUGCUGAGAGCUGUCGCCAACCUCCACCACGGUCCAAUAUGCCACCGGCCACCAUGUGUCAGUGCCACUGGAAAAUUCCUUGAGGCAGUACGCAUGAUCACUACUCAUCUUCGCGUCCUCUGCUGCAAGUCACAACACCAUAGCUCCAUGUCAGCGUCAUUUGAACCACUCUCAGAAACAGGCCGUUUUGUCAAACUUUACGUGGAGCCAAUGUUCCAUUGGUGGGGAGCGAACUUUCGCCUGCUCACCACGCCCUGUCUUGGAACAGUCGAGGUGGUGAACGCAGCUGGCAAGCGGCAAUGUGUUGUCAACGGAGCUUCACACAAUUACGCCGGAUUCUACGCGCCCACAACCGAGUCUGAAGAGCUACAGCGGCUUUGCUUGGAGCUGCUCCCAGUCUCUGACAGUGACGCUGUUCCUCUAUUGCGGGACGCUGUCCAUGCCGCUAUCGCAGGGUUCUUCGACUCUGAUUUCUGUUUCACAACGAGUACUGGAUAUGGGGCCAAUUACGUGGCCCUUCCAGCACUGAUUGAACCUACCCGGACAGUCGUUGUUGUAGACAGGGUGUGUCACAACUCCAUAUUCACGGGAGUCUAUCUCGGGCGCUGCUCAGCAAUCCACAAAUUCAACCAUAAUGAUAUGUUCGACCUGGAGUCGACGUUGAAAAACUUGCCGCGAAACUCAGACCAGGACGUCAUCGUAAUUGUGGAAGGAUUGUACAGUAUGGACGGGGACGUCCCUCCAUUAGGUGCUCUAUGGCGUCUGAAGAGCGAGUACGGAUUCGUUCUCUACUGCGACGAGGCGCAUUCAUUCCUCUCCAUAGGAAGCACGGGUCUCGGUUGCUUACAAUAUUGGAACGAAACCCAUCAGGCAGAUCCUGUGCCCUGGGACCUAAUCGACAUAAGAACAGGCACUUUAUCAAAAGCAAUCGGCGGCAUCGGUGGAUUCAUCUCAGGGAAGUCUUUUCUGGAAGAGCGCGUUCAGAGACAUAUCAAGAAGGUCCAAGACAGGGACCAUAUUUCCAUCCCAACCUCCACUAUGGUACAGACGCUCCUGGUCAUGGACCAGCCGCAAAGGAUUUCGCGCAAUCUAAAUCGAUUAGCUGCGAUAUCAAGGUUCUGUCGCACAGAGCUGGAUCGCUACGGCGUCUACGUAUACGGAGACGAGACCGGCACUCCAAUCCUUCCUGUCUGGGCAGGAAGACCUAGUGCAUCGGCUAGGCUUUCGUUUGCCUUGCGUCAGGCAGGCCUUCUUGCAAGCCCUGUUACAGCCCCGGCGGUCCCCUUCUGGGAGAGCCGUGUACGGGUGAACCUCUCGGCCGACUACAGUGAUGCCGACGUUAAUAGCCUCGUCAACUCGAUCGUCUCUGCCGUGGUUUCUAUUGGGCUUUGUAAGAGGAGGCCUGAAACCUUCCGGGUCAAUAAAUUCCAAGAACUUCAAAAGACCGAGCUCGAAGAGUCGGAGGAGUCGAGAAUUUCUUCUAUGAAAAUCAAAGGUCUCAUCAACCUUGUUUCAAUCCACCUGCGGAACGACUGCCAUUCGAGAACGACACCUGUUGGAGUGGACAGUGCCAGAAAUGGCCACUCAGCUAGAUCGAUGUAUGGGAUUGGCGCUGGCUCUGCGCGCUGGAUAUCUGGAACCUUCCCGCCUCACCUUGCUGUCGAGAGGCUUCUUGCUCGUGCCCACGGCGCUGAGACAGCUAUGACAUACGCUGAUGCGACUAUCGGCCUCGCAUCAACCAUUGCCGCGUUGGCCCGUCCUGUCUUCGGAAUUACCAUCCUGCUGUACGAUGCGUCAAAGUUCGUCAACGUCCAACACAUGUACACUGAUAUCUCAGUCUCUGACAGUGGCAUCGUUGCCCUGGCUAUCAACGAGAAACCCGACCCAUGA